AGCCUCUUCUUCUCUUCCUCUCCCUCCUCCCCUUCCCGCCCCUCACCGAGAGUCACGGAGGGAAAUAAACAUGAGGCAAACCGCCCCGAGCGCGGCGGCUGUGUGCGGCGGGCGGGGGUUGGGCCGCUUCCCGCUGAGGGGAAGCCCUGCUCGCCGGCUACCGCACAGCGUCCCGCGGUCGUCAUCUCGGCCGCUGCCGCCACACGAAACAGAUCUUCCCUUUGCCAGAAGUGCUUUCAGCAUUCUCACUGGCCUGAUGGAACAUGCUUACCCCUUGGAUCCUUUGAAGGGCUUUCUACCCUGGUGAAAGUACACUGAGCAAGUGUUGACUUGAGAGCUGCUUUUAGGAUGUCUGAAGAUGACGAAAAAGUUAAACUCCGUCGAAUUGAACCUGCCAUUCAGAAAUUCAUUAAAGUGGCAAUUCCAACAGAUUUGGAAAGGUUAAGAAAACACCAAAUAAAUAUUGAGAAGUAUCAGAGAUGCAGGCUCUGGGACAGAUUGCACGAAGAACACAUUAACGCAGGACGAACAGUUCAGCAACUCCGCUCCAAUAUGAGAGAAAUGGAGAAACUCUGCUUGCGAGUCCGGAAGGAAGACAUCCUGGUGUUGCAGAGAAUGAUAAAUCCCGUUAAAGAGGAAGCUUCACUUGCCAUAAAAGACUUCCUGCAGCUCCAUUCUCAAUCUGCAGAAGAACUUAAAAGGCAACUCGAAGGACAGGAGGAUGCUUCUUUAACCAGAUCUGCAACUGUAGGAGGAGAAACUUUACAUAGCACAGACGUGAAGGACGGCUCCCAGAGUUUAAUCCAGAUCUACUCCCCCCUUCCUGAAAUACCUCAGCGAGAAAAUGCAGCUGAGUCCUGGGAAACUUUAGAAGAGGGCUUGAUUGAGCUUAGCCAGUUGGUGACUGACUUCUCUCUCUUAGUCAACGCUCAGCAGGAGAAGAUUGACAGGAUUGAAGACCAUGUCAACAGUGCUGCUGUGAAUGUUGAAGAGGGAACCAAAAACUUGAGGAAGGCUGCAAAAUACAAGCUGGCAGCUCUGCCCGUGGCAGGUGCAGUCAUUGGUGGAGUGGUGGGGGGUCCGAUUGGUCUCCUUGCAGGGUUCAAAGUGGCAGGAAUUGCAGCUGCAGUUGGUGGUGGGAUUUUGGGUUUCACAGGUGGAAAAUUGAUACAGAGAAGAAAACAAAAAAUGCUGGAGCAGGUCUCUUCCAGCUGUCCAGAGCUUUCUCACCAAAGUGCCAAAAAAUCCAGCUGAAAUCCAGAUUCAUUGCUAGGAACGGAAGUGUGGUAGCCAUGCUAAUGACAGACUCGCAGCCUUACGCUUUAAAUACAAGGCUGAGCAGCGUGAGUUUUGACAACAGUACUGUUACUUUGGGGGAGUGUGUGAAACAGUAACACCAGAAUUUCUUUUCAGAUGUGGCAACAUCAGUCCUUUGAAAAGUACAUUGCUAACUCUUCAUUAUGAAAUCCUUAGGUGAGCUCUAUGCACAGCUGUAGUGAUAGGCAACGGGUGCUUCAUGCCAAAUUUGCACAGUGUCUUGCAGACAACAAGAGAUAUCUGGAAAAAACUAAUGCUCUCCUGUGAAAGCCACCCAAAAGCUGGAACUUUUACUGCAGUGCUCCAAAGAAAAGGAAAUAAGCUCCAUCUAUCCUUCAUGGUCAGAGUACUUUAAAUUUACUUUCAUGUAUCUGGAUUCCCAAACUCCUCCUGUGUAUACCCACAGGAUAUGACUGCCUAUGCCUUCCAGUAACGCACAGGGAUGCGGUAGCUGCCGUAAGAGGGGAAAAUGGUGGGUGAGCAAUGUGGAAAAAACCUUAUGUAUAUCCCACAUCUGCCUCCAUCAGCCAAAUCGCAUCAACAUUACAAGCAGCUUUUCUCCUUUUUCAGGUAACUUUUAAUUUAUAAACUCAUCUUGUUUAAAGUGUAGUUAAGAAUUAAUCAGUCCAAGGAGCAACUGUGCUGGGGAAUAAUAAUUUUCCAUGGCUGUUCAACUCCUUGGCUUGUCCUGAGAAUACCAGACAGGAUGAAGGGCUGAGCUCUGGCAUUCUGAGCCUGAAGCUGCACCUUACACAGCACUUACUGCUAGAUGUUGCCCUUGCUUCUCAUCUCCCAUCAGCGACAGUGCUGUGGUGAGAGAACUAAAUAGCUUUCCUGCCUGCUGGAGCCAGGCCUGCUCCCUUAGUAGUUUUCAUUAUCCCUCAAGGGCAGCAUUAGCCACCAGGUCACAGCCUGGUGCUGCAGCAUCGAGGCCUUUUAAGUGGUGCCAGUGUCAGCUGCCAGCCCCAGGGGAUGGCUGUGUAAACCAGAGUAAGUAAACCAUCCUUGUGUGGGUCUGAAUCACGCCUCUUGUAUCCCCUUCAGUUCCAAAACUUGUGCUUCUACCCGCACUGCAGAGUAGCUUCUUGUCCUUUAGGAACAUGCUGUGGAGCCUGUGUGGGGUGAGAUGGUGAUAGCGCUUUUGCUAGGUUUUUAUGGCGGGUGCCUGUUGUGCUUACCCUCCUUUUACUGCUUAAGAAGCCUUUUGCUUCCGAACCUUACAAUGUUAAAUACGGAAGUGUUAACAUGGUUUUAUUGACACAUAAUCUACUGUUCAGCACAUGGUCCUACCUCUGUCCUUCAGCACAGUUCCCACACUACUGCUGCUACUGUUUGGGGAACAGAAACUGAGGUUGGGAAGCUGCUUUUUAACGAUUUUAGUUUGUUCAGGU